UAUUGUCACUGUGUAAUUUAAACAAUCUAGUUCAGUAAAUUUGAAAACUAUAAUAUGGGUAGCAGUGAUUCUGGCAGUGGUUCUGACGAAAAGUAUCACCGCAAAAAACUCAAGAAAAAAUCUAAAAAACAUAAAAAGGACAAGAAACACAAGAAAAGUAAGUCACGUAAAAAGCGCGAACGCCACAGUACUAGCAGUAGCAUCAACAGCGAUGCGGAACAAGAUCAAUGGGUUGAGAAAGUUCUACCGAAACAAUCCGCCGAACAGACAUUAAAACGCGAUGACUGGAUGAAUUCUAUGCUCAUUCCAACAUACAGCAAAGAGGUAAAGGGCGAGGAAAAGAAAACAACUGCGGUCCAAUACGAUCCUAAAACGAGCGUACGGGAACUAAAUCCACACUGGCAAAACGGAGGAAGUGGGUUGCCUAGUUUCAGAAAGCCUAUGGAAGAUGACGAUAGUUGUCGUGUGUUGAAUACAGUUAAAUACACCGACGUUGGGAAGAAUACUAAGAGUGAAGGUUGGAGAAAAUCUAAAGAUGAGUGGGCUUUAGGAGAUCGAAAAGAAACGUCCAAGGUACAAGGUGAACAAGCAACAACGUCUACGCAAGAGGACGGAAUGUUUCUGAGUGAUCAGCAAUUGAACGACUUAGGCGCCAAAAUUGUUAAAGCAGAAAUCAUGAGCAACACGCAAUUGGCAAACGUCCUAAGAGUGAAGCUAGAUGCAGCAAAGUUGCAUAGAAACCAGCUCAAAGAUUCUAGCAGACUAGCGAAAGAGAGUGAUAAGCGGAGAGAAGCUCCUGCAGAUGAAGAACUCUGCUUCACUGUUACUAGUUCACACGAUAUCCCUUCCAAACAUAGUAAAAAAAGACGAACAAAUCCUCACAAUUUUCCUCCGGAUAAUCUGACCGAUAAAUUUUGCUCGGAGCGUCAAGAAAAUACUGCAAUGGAUGCACAGUUCUUUAAAGUUUCUGCGAAGCUGGAUCGGGAAGGAAGUAAUCUGGAGAACAUAUUCGACCAUAGCCGCGCUAGCACUUCCUCGUCAGGACGUUUGAACGAAGAACAAAUCGUGCGUGAUAUGAAUAAACUAUCGAAAGCUCAAGCAGACUGCGAACGCUGCAUUAACUCUUCGCAGUUUUUGCACGAUAAUGUAAUUUCGAUGGGUAAAAACAUAUAUCUUGCAGUUCCAAAUUGGAAAGGACUUCAGCCAAAGCACUGUCUCAUUGUUCCUGUUUCGCAUUACCCAGCCCUCACACAUAUGGAUGAAGAUGUAUAUCAAGAAUUAGUGGAUACAUGUAAAACACUUAAACGAAUGUUCACCGCGCACGAACAAGAAGUAAUUUUUUUCGAGUCCGUUCGUUACAUUAACAGAAACCCUCACGCUUACGUACAAUGCGUUCCGGCUAAUAACUACGAAAUGGCUCCAUUCUAUUUCAAAAAAGCGAUCCUCGAAUCAGAAACGGAGUGGGCGAUGAAUAAGAAACUUCACAAUAUCCAAGGUCUUGAGAUCAGGCGGACGAUUCCCAAGGGAUUGCCAUACUUUUGGGUCAAUUUUAAUUUGGAUAAGGGGUUUGCCCACGUGAUUGAGGAUCAGGAAAGUUUUCCGGUCACGUUUGCGUCAGAAACUAUUGCUGGUAUUUUGGGGUUAGAUACACGAAUUUGGCGUAAGCCAGGCCGGGAAUAUCACCCCAAGCAGCGAGUAGAGGAGUUUCAACGCUGGUGGAAAGAGUUUGAUAAUUUGACAAAAGAAAAACAUUGUAAAUAAUCUUGUUUUUGUAUUUUCGAAUGACUGGUCUUAUAAAAGGUCCAUUUCAUGUUUAA